AGGAGUUUGGAGAUGGAAGCAAAUGAGACCACAGAAGACCCUCAGGCCACCCCGGGUGCAAGUGAAAGCUCUUCUUCGAAGAAGCCCUCCGCUGAAGACUUGCAGGAGCCCACUAGUCCUAACAGUCCCUUGGAGCUUUCCAGCUCACAGACAUCUUUACAGCCUCCUGCCACCGACACCCUUUUUGUGACAUCUCCUUUGCCGAAUCCUGAGACUGAGGCCUCUGAGGACCUCCAGGAACCCUCUGGCUCUGGAAGUACUUUGAAGUCCCACACCACCAAGCUUCCUCCUGAAUCACCCCAGGGUUCCUCUGAAAGCUUUUUAAACUCUCCCCAGUCCGUGACCUCUCUAGAAAAAGCCAUCACCGAGAUCCCUUUGGAGGACACUGCAAAUGAGAUUCAUAUCUCUAAGGUCCGAAACAAUGCUCUUCAGCUCUCACGAAAGAAGGAUGUCCCUGCGACUUCCCAUAGGCUUUAUUCUGAUGCAGGUCCAGGGACCCAGCUCCCUGAAUCCGAGCACUCUCCAAAGUACUCCUUUGCAGGACCUUCCACCCAGGCCAACGUGGACACGUCUUCAAAGUGGGAGGAAACAGAGGAAGAUGAGCUGAUAGUGGGUACUAGUUACAACACUGCUCAAGCAGCCAAGCCUGAGCCUCAUGCGAGCAAGAAGAAGGAGAAAAGAGUUGGUUAUGCAAGCCACCCAGUGGUCCCUGCUAAGCGGGCAGAGCUGAUAAAUGUGCCUAAGCCAAUGCACAGAGAACAAUUUGGUGCCCGGGUGAAAAAUCUUUUCCAGUGGGAAAAGGAUUCAGCCCUGAAGGCCAUCCAGACAGGUCUCUAUAUUGGCUGGCGCUGCCCCCAUUACUUAUGGGACUGUUUCCGGAUUGGAGAUGAGUCCAAAUGCUUUUGUGGACAUUUGUUGAAAGAACACCAGAUCAUCUCAGAUCUGUCGGUGCCCUGCAGCGUGAGUCAGUGCAGGUGCCUCAUGUUUUGUUUCAUCCCGUCACGCCCAGAGGAGGUAGGUGAGUUCUGGCUUAAGAGACGGGCCACCUUUGAUCCCAAAGCGUGGAGAGCCCAGUGUCGCUGUAAACACACGCACCAAGAGCACGCAGCCACCGGAGCGCAUCCCUGCAGGCACCGCGGCUGUUGCUGUAGCCGUUUUGAGUCGAAUUUCCUCUGUGCGGCCUGUGACCGGCGCUGGGAGGAACACGAGACUUUCUUCGAGAAUGAAGAGACCAGGCGAAGAGGCGGGAGACCUUACGGAGCAGACUAUGUGCCUUUUGCAGAGAUGCCUGCCCUCCGAGAUGCCAUCCUCACCAACUCUGACCUCGAGGCCCUCCAGAUGCAGGGUGUCUCUGGCCUCCCCAGCUCUCACCCUAGAUCCCUUGCACCCCCUGGUCCAAGUAACCUCCAGCCUGGCCCUAAACCUGACUCCCAUCCCUGACCCUUUCACCUCUGCUCUUCCCUCCUCCAGGGACAAACACUGUCAACAGCUGGCGCAGGCCUUUCUGAGCCUGGCCAAGAGCAACAAUAAAGUGGAAGCCAAUUGAAUCGGACCUGGCUCUCUAUGGGACAGGUAGCGUCAAGACUCAAUUUAGAGUCAGCUCUAACUACAGGCAACAGACAGCACCAAGCAGAGUGGAGGCUGCCUCCAACCAUCUUCCUCUGUCAUGGCCGCAUCCAAGCCACCGGCCCUGACACUAGGAGACUAGCUUCUAGAGAGCCAAGGAAGGGGAGUUUUCAAGAAUAGAAUAGGCAGGGAUUUCAGAUGUAGCUGGGGUUCCAUAAGGCAAAGACAUUGCAAUUAGUAAGUCGUUGGAGACUUUGGAUGGUGUGGUUUCACACGGGCAUGGUGGUAAACACCAAAUAGCCAUGAAUUUGAAGGAGUCUCUUCAAGGAGCUUGGGUAAGAAGUAGAAGAAAGAAAGCAGACAGUACCCAGGCUGUAGAUCAAGGAAGCAACUUUUUAAGAAGGAAAGGAGGAAGAGGCCCAUAUACAAACAGAUCCUGAAGGAUGCAGAAGGGAGGAGAGAUGCUUGAUGGGACAAGAUCCCAGACAUGGAGGAAAGAGAGAAUGAGGUCAAGGCCGAGGUGAAGGUAUUUGCUCUGAUGAAGAGAAACUUCAUUUCGUAAGACAUUUCAAAGAAGGGAGUGUGAGCUGCAGGAAGUGGGACCUCCCAGAAGUUCCCCCUCUGGUGACAUCUAUAUUCUCUGUGAAGCAAGGAAGGGGUUAGUGGGGAGUAAGAGACUGGGAGAGAAAGGUGAGCGUUGGGGAAGGCUUGUGGGGAAUCAGAGAAAAUCAUGAUGAGAGCAAAGUUUAGGAUUUAGUGUGGUUGGAAGUGAGAAUCCACUUAGAGAAGAGAGGCAAAACUAUUUAGACUAAUGGGCACUGAUGGGAUGGUGCCAGAACAGUGAGGGAAAGAAGGAAAAGAAACGGCUGUAAGAAGUGAAGGGAUGCUGUGCCACACGAGGAGCAGUGACGCCAGGGAAUGAGAGCUAUCAGAGGAAUAAGAAGUCUCUAGCAGGCUCAGGAGCAGCUGCACUGGCGUGGACUGCAGCUCAGGAGACAGUGGUUGGGGUCUGCAGAGUAUGCAGUGUUCAGGGAGUAGCUGCAGGUGAUGGCCAGUGUUUGGAAGAAAGCGGCUGCCGUCAGUGUGAAAUUGUGAAUGCCAGACAUUGUGAAUGUCACAGAACCCCCUAGGUGAUUUUGUGACCAUGGGACGGAUUGACGCUGGUGGGCUUGUGAUGCUGGGUUCCCUCUUGCGGCCUCAGUUGCUAGAUCUAUGAGACAGGAAUAACCUGUGUUGCCUACACUCUAUGAAAACCCCAAGAAAUGUCCAGCUUCAAAGCUUGGUGCUUCCUAGAUUUCUACCCUCUUCUCAUCCCAGCUCUACUGAUCUCUUGCUCUUCUCUGGAGCGUCUCACAUCUCGGGCUCAGGGGCAAGGUGAUCCCACAUUUCCUGAUAUUUAGAAAGGCCAUCUGCCUUUGCAAAGGAAGGAAUGCAGCCUAGAUUUCUAGGACCCCAGGGCAAAAUCAUAUGAUCACAUAUAAACCCUGGGAAGAAUUGAAAGGGCUUUCUGAUAAUAUAUCUGUGUAAAAGAGAGUGUGCUAAUUCCAGAAGUUUCUCAACAUUGAUUGUA